CCUUCCCCCCAUUGCCCCAGAUUGAAACCUCAUCUCAAUUUCACCAUAUCUCCGCACUUCUGUAUGUGUAAGCAUAUUGUGCUAGCUUCUUGUUUAGCAUGGUGAUCCCUGGGUGCAGGACAGGCUAGACUGGAAAAGUCAGAGAUCCCAUUUCAUCCUUCAGUAACCAAAUAGACCUGAGCGCACUCUGCCUCCUGCUGACAAACCUACCGCCUAGGCUACACUCUCAGCAGGUGUAAAUCAAGGUGACUCCACUGGCUUCGAUAGAAUGACCCCAGCCUACAUCUGCUGAGGAUGUGGCUAACUGACCUCUAUUGUAAAGUGCUUUGAGAUCUACUGAUGAACAGCACUAUACAGGAGCUAGAUCUUUGGCCUGGAAAGAGAUGUGCUAACUUCCUUGUUAGGUCUGCAAGAAGAGAACGUGACAUAAAGAAAGAUGCUAUCUCUAAACCCUGGAAACCAGCGUUCUUACAUAGUAGCCAUUCCACUGUUACUUGCUGCUGCCUUCAUUGUUGCUGUAAACAGUGAUUGUGGUGUGCCACCGCGUUUUAAUUUUGCUGAGCUGAAGGAAGAGUACAGAAAUCAGAAUAAGUUUGCUGUUGGUAACAAAGUGGAAUACAACUGUCGCCCAGGUUAUAGCAAGGUACAAAGAUCCACUCUUCAGUGCACGCCAUAUUCUCGAUGGUCAGAUGCCGGAGAGUUUUGCAAGGCAAGAUCAUGCCGUCACCCUGGAGAGCCAGAAAAUGGCAGACUUGUUAUUCUAACAGAUCUCACGUUUGGUGCAACAGUAAACUUCGUCUGUGAAGAGGGGUACAGACUAAUUGGAAAUGCAGAAAGAAAAUGUGUGCUUGAAGGAUCACAAGUUAUAUGGGACAAAGAUAUUCCAUACUGUCAAGUGAUACCAUGCAAGCCUCCUCCAGAAAUAGAGCACGGGACACAUACUGGGACAACGAUGGAGGAAUUCAACUAUGGGACAUCUGUCACUUACCAGUGUAACACUGUAGAGAGGGGACAGGUUCCUUUCUCGCUUAUUGGAGAGCCCUCCAUUCACUGUACAUCCACGGAUAAUGUAAAUGGAGACUGGAGCGGGCCUGCCCCUGAAUGCAAAGUCAUUCGCUGUGAACAGCCAAGAGUUGACCAUGGAAAACAGAUGACCGGAUAUAGUCCUGUAUACACCUACAGAGCCUCUGUUCUGUUUGAGUGUGACCACCGCUACACCCUCAAAGGCAGUAACGUACUUCAAUGCAAUGAAAAUAGUAGAUGGGAUCCUCAGUUACCAGUUUGUGAGCGAAGUAGCUGUGAUGACCCACCUUACAUUCGUAAUACUUUUCGAGAUCAUUCUAACAGCAACUUGUUUCCGGCUGGGACUGUAGUGAAAUAUAACUGUGUGGGAGGUUAUGAGUUAAUCCCUGGAAUAUCCUCUGCGAGUGUUACCUGUCAAAAAGAUUUUACAUGGUCUGAACAUCAAGAAUUUUGUCGGAAAAUUAGAUGUCCAUUUCCAAACAUUCCCAAUGGAAGAGCAAUACUUGGAAAAGCAACCUAUGAGUAUGAGGACAAGAUUCGCAUUGAAUGUAAUCCCGGUUACGCCCUCAAAGACCAUUAUGGAUCGAUUAAGUGCGAAAGUGAUCGUGCAUGGAAUCCUCCAUUACCAAUUUGCGAACCGACUUGUGAGCCACCUGCACGCAUCUCUAAUGGACGGGACGACCGUGGCUGGAAAACUGUUUUCCUUGUUGGCUCAAGUGUGACCUACGUAUGUAAGCCUGGCUGGUCACUUGUUGGAGAAUCCUCCAUUCAAUGUAUAGCUGGUGAUGGGGGAGCUCCGCGCUGGGAUGCACCUGCCCCUGAGUGCAAAGAGAUUCUUCGUUGUCCAGAUCCAGUGAUUGAACAUGGAAAACCGAUCCCUAUAAAUAAAACUGAAUAUACAGUUGGAAACAGUGUUGAGUUUGAAUGUGAAUCUGGCUACAUCCUUAAAGGCAGCAAGUCGAUCAAAUGCCAGGCCAAUAGGACGUGGGAUCCUCCAGAGCCAUCUUGUAUUAAGGUUUGGUGUCCAAAGCCUGAUGUGCAAAAUGGAAGAAUGGUCAAUGUGUUAGAUGAAAAAGAGCGUUACAACGUGAAUGAAAACAUUACUUUCAAAUGCUCUCCUGGGUACCAAUUUUCAGGCCAUUGGUAUCAGUCUACAACAGACAGCUUGAAUAUUACAUGUUCAGCUGAUGGCACCUGGAAGGUGUUACACAAGUGUGAGAAGCAAAUAAUGUCUCCCCUGUGCAAGAUGGUUCGCGAGAUUGUAAAGUUUCUCCACUGCAAUAUAUCUCUGACAGAACUGAGAACCCAUCUAGAAGAACAGAAACUGUGUCUGGAGAUUCAGAAAUUUAAGCAAGACCUAGAAAAAUACAAGGAAUAGCUGAAAUCUGUGACCCAUUACUGUGACAAACUGUCUCCUUUGGAUGCAGUUUGUAUAAUUACUUUGUACAUAUGAUGAUUAUUACUAUUUGCAGAGAACUUGCUAGUAUGUCUAGUGAUCCAGGAAGAGAUUAGCCAGUACCUCAGGAAUCAGAUUUUUUUCAUGCUGUGUGCCAGUGCUUGGGUUUUUUUUUCUUUCCUUUCAAUCUGACAAAUGUAAGUCCCUACUUGAUAAACUAGGGAUUUCAUCCUCUUAUAUGUUGUGGGGACUAUAGUAAAAGGGUUGAAUUCAGAUUCCUUUCAAUUCGAAAAGGGAAAGCAAGUUGAGAGAAACUAGAUUAAAAUGUACGGAAGUAAAUGUUCAGUUGAUGCAAGCAUCAGACCCUAUGCAGAAUACACCAACAACCUUGAGCUUUCAGAAAUCACCCAACUGUUGCAUAUAUUUUACCUUAAUGCAUUAUAAGCCAAACAUAUUUGAAGUAGUGAAUGGCUAUUUAACUGCCUGAUUUCCAUGAACCUUAAGGGCAACUCUGUUCACAAAUCCCUCUGCCCCACUGUGAAAAUGUAAAGCUUAAAAAAAGCCAAUUUUCUGCCCUAACCUCUUAUUUAAAAAGUUGGCAGUUUUUUUCCUUCCCAAACUGAACACAUCUAUUUUUGGUUGACAUCAGUGCUGAUCUCAUCUGUAGCAUUUCUAUAUCCUCUCUCACACUCCCACAAAUCGAUGGUGAAAAUUUAACUGUAGACAGCAACCCGCUAACCAUUUCCCCCUUGCCCAAUGAAUGAUAGGGGUGUCCUCUAACCUACACCUUUGUGAUCAAGCAAUUAUUUCUGCCCUGCCGGGCUACAAUAAAGUGCAACUGUAAAAAC